AUGGCGGAGCAGAAGAAGACAGACAGCGCAGAGAAGUUGUUCAGUGAAAUAUUAAGUCCGUCUGAGCUGUUCGCGGCACGAUCCCGGAGCCACAAGAUCCCAAGUAAUAGGACGAAGGAUUGCUUCCCCGACGACUCGGACGAGCAGAAGACGGCGACUCAGCAGAGUCUGAACAGGCACUGGAGCCUCGUCUCAGAGGAGAGAAUAGAAAAGAUGGGAAACUUGGUGAAGGCCGUUUGGGUUCCCAGUGAGCAGAUAGUGGAGCUCCAGUCUCCAGCUGGAAAGUUCUGGCAGACGAUGGGCUUUUCUGCCGACGGCAAGCAGCACCUCCUCCCUGAAGAGGCUCUGUACCUGCUGGAGUGUGGCAACCUGCAGGUGUUUUACCGGGACCUGCCGCUGUCCAUCCAGGACGGCUAUGAGAGGUUUCUGUCCUCCAGCAGCGUCAGCCUGCAGCAGUAUCAGGUGUUUGCACAUUUGAAGAGGCUCGGCUACGUGGUGCACAGGUUCGAUCCCAGUUCGGAGCCGUCGUCCUACGCGAGGCAGCUGAACCUCCUGCAGUCACAGAGAGACAGAGCAGGGAGACAGGUGAAGAGGAAGCGCAGCGCCAGCCCCAACGCCACAUCCAGUCACACUGACGUUUUCCCGGCUGACCUAGAAUGGGAGGCAGGAACUGACGCUCCCGUCUCCGGGGAUUCAAGGGACCGGCCCGCUGCAGCGUUCAGCACGAUGAGCGGGGCGCAGGACCUGGUGGAUGACGGACCCUGUCCGGGGCCAAUCCGGACUCACCGACUCCGGUCGCUCCACCUGGCACUUCAGUCCAUCCUCGUUCCCCCGACUGGCAUCCACAGCGAGCGGUUAAACGGCUCAGACGAGUGGAGGAUUUGUUUCAAUGUUUACCAACCGGAUUCGGUGGCUGACUUCAGGAAGAGCAACCCGGGGAAACCUUACGCCCGCAUGUGUGUGUGCAGUUUCGACGGCCCUGUUCCCGACCUGCGAGCUAUGAAGCUGCUGACCUUCCAGAGCGGAGACGUCCCGGUGGUCUUCGCCGUUGUGGACUACGGAGACAUCUCCUUCUACACCUUCAAAGACUUCCAGCUGCCCACUGAUGUGUUCCCCUAAGACCUCUCUGUACCAACACGUAUCCAGGACCUUUAAAAGAAUCUGUUGGGUUGGCGGGAUGUAGAAAAAUAAAAUAUAUAACCAGUCGUUGAUGUUACAGAUGGAAAAACAAAUCCUGAAAAAGUUAUUUUGUGUGCCAAAGAUUCAACUCCUGAUUCAGAUCUGUGGUUUUUAGGCUGUGGAGCUUUUAGAGAGAAAAGAUAUUUUCUCUGUUCAACUUUGGGGCAAACAGACCGAUCAGAGUGACGUAUACGAUCUAUUAAACCGACUUUAAAGACUUGUUGUUGUUUAUUUUCUACAGCAACAACAAGAAGAUAUGUUUACUUAUAGGUUUAUUUAUUCCCUGUGGGAAAUAAAUGGUUGCAACAACACCUAUGAUAGACGAAAUUGAGUCACAUAAACAAAAGGAAAACAGGGUUCAAAUGUCCUGGAAAACCUUGGAAAACUGGAAAAUUAGACUAGUUUUCCAGUCAAACGCCUGGAAAUUAGUUAAAUUAUCAGCUGAUGGUGGGAAAUUUAUAUUAUUACCAAUCUGGAUUAUUAAAUUACAGCUCAUAGUAAUAAUAAUUUAUUUUAAAUUCUUAUGCAAAACGAUUGAUAGACUUUAUGUUCUAUGAAUGUUUUUUGAUGAACUUUACUAGAAAAACAAACAGUCUAAGAGUCAGAACUGUUUGUUUGUUGUAAUUUGAUUAAAUCAGAGUUAUGGAAAUCACUAAUCUUCUUUCUUGCUGUGAAAUGUGUAAAAGACGGUCACAUCUACACUCAUACUGUUAAUCUACAUUAGUUGUUGUGAUUAAUAAACACACAGUAAUGUUUAUAUGUGUAAAACUCUCUUUCUACCUCUUUUAAUGGCUUUUCUGUAAAAUAAAAUACAUUCUUCUUGAUUUGAAUUGUUAUUUAUGGUCUGAAGCCAAAUUGAUGUUACGAUUAGAUGAAAACUACAAA